AUGGCCAACUCCCGUAACAACAGGACUACGCCUUCGGCAUCACAAAAUAUGAACGACGUCGUCGACAAGUACGCGUCACCGGCUAUGGGGUCAUCACUACCAGAAUACUCGCGACAGUCAUAUGAUCCUGUUCUGAGCCGUCGUGGGCACGGUGAUGUCAGCAUGUCUUCGUCGCCAUCGCCAUACCCUCUUUCAGAGCGCAGGAGAGCCAACCUCCAUCAAUCAACAUCCACGCAUUCAGGCUAUCUCGAUCGCGCCCAACUCUUCGGUCGCACACCUAUUUCUAUCCAACACAACGCACGUCGCGCCCGCCCUUCUUCAACCUCGAACGAACGAAACAUACGAAAGCGAUCCUCGCGUACCCCGACUGGUGAGUGGGCGGAAGCCGGUCUUCCUGAACCACCUGUCGAGGACAGAAGCGUCUCCUUGGACGUCGCAUCAGGCCUGAUCUGCACUCCCAACGGCAUCACCACGCUUGACGUCGAUAAAAACACGCCAGGUCGCUUUUCACCAAAGGCCCAGUCGCCUACUUCCCGCAAGACUUCGCCUGCUGAAGAUGCGUUAAGAGAGCAGUUUGAGAAGGGUAGGGUAGAGCUGGCUAGGAAUCUUGCGUGGCGAAGUAGUUCGAAUGGGAAGUCGAGGUGGGCUGGCAGGGGGUUUGAUACGAAGCGUGAGGGGUAUGUGGCUCCUAAGACACCUUCUGUUGCUUCUGAUGAGGAAGAGGAGGAGUUUGGGUAUGUGGAUCCGACUAGUGUACGGGAUGUGCUUGCGAGGGUGAAAGCGAGGGAGGCGACUGGACGUACUCAAUUGCCUUCCGACGAUAUGAAGCGUGGGAGGAAUGGACAAGAGCAGCGCGAAAGGUAUUCCGACGUCGGUGUCCCGCGCCGCAGUAAGAAUGCACUCCUUGCCAAUCCAUCGGAUCCAGAUAAGCCUUUACCAAAACUUCCGAAUCGCCGUGUGUUUUCGCUAGUCGAACCGCCGCCCAUGAAGACACUAACUCGGAAGCGUCCAUCUACAGCUAGCGGCCGGACUAAGCUUUCGUUCUCGCCCAUCACCCCUGCCAUCAACGUGGCUCCCCAGCCAACACGCCAGGAUCUCGCUAUCACGCCCGUUUCCACCUAUCUCUCCUUCAGCUCCUUCAGCUCCGUCACAACAACAAUAUCCCAACCACCUAUCCUUCCACACAAUCGCACUGGUCUCACAUUCUCCCAAGCAAUCGCAAUAAUCUACGGCUGCAUGGCCAUAACAGCAUCACACCAAGCGCUUCUUGGUCUAGGCGGUGACAUCGCUGCUAAGGACUUGAUCAUGGGUCUGUACGGGGCGUUUAUGCUCGGUCUUGCUAUCUGUGUGGUCUUGCAAGUGGUUUUAUGUGCUAGACUGUGA